AUGACGCAGGACACCGAAGCUCAGAUGGAGGAGUUUUUCGGGAAUGUGACAACCGAGAUGUCAAGCGGCUCCAAUGCAUCUGGAUGGCCUAGCGGCCUAGCGUUUACCAAGUGCAAGGAUCCGGACACGCAGGGAGCCAACGGCAUGAAUCGAUUGAAGGGACAGCGGCGCCUUCUCGCGGGCAAAGGCGGAGACGGCCCAGGCGAUUCAAAGGACCACCGGAACCAGACCGAGGGAUCGGAUCCGGAGCAAAUCCUGAAAAUGGUGUGUCGUGCUCUUGUCCAGCGCGAGGACACACUGCAAGUUCUUCGACAGGAUACCGGAUUCGUCUUCUUUGCGAGGACGUCGGCGCCUUCGAUAGUUCCCACCCUCUUUCAAGUUGGGCAUCGCUGGAAGGCCGAAGCGGAGAAGGAGAUCCCCAAUGACGAGGCACUGGUUCAGCAAUGCAUCCGGUCAGGAUGGCUAGACAAGGACCAGAAGUGGGUGUUUCAGAAAUGGGAUUCAGUUCUUCGCUCUCUUCAGGCGGAUACCAAGCGUGCGGCUCUGGCAACGUCCACGGUACUGGCCAAACUUCGGGUAGUGCUAUUGAUGGACUUGUCGGUGAGACAACAGCAGGGAACGCAGAUGUAUGGGCUUCUUGCGGAAUUAUGCCAGAACUCGGUGUUUCAGUUGAUCGGCACUCAGUACAAGCGCGAGAUACUAAGCGCCAACCGUUGGUCAAGGCGCUGGAACACUUUCCCAGUGAGCCACCCAGACUUCCAACUACUGCAAUUUCCACCUUGA